UCUCUGAGCAUCACUGUUGUAGCAUCUUCACUUCUUCUUCUGCCUUCGAUAAUGGCUGCUUCCGAUGAUUCCUCUCACUACUUCACCGAGUUUACCUUGUCCGAGAUUGUAGACAUGGAGAAUCUGUAUAAGGAGCUUGGCGAUCAAUCUCUCCAGAAGGAUUUUUGUCAAACUGUUGCCUCCACUUUUAGUUGUUCUCUGAAUCGGAAUGGAAAAUCAUCUGUAACCUGGAAACAGGUACAGAGUUGGUUCCAGGAGAAACUGAAGCAGCAAACUCUCCCCAAAUACGAUACUUUGCCAUCUUCUCCUUUGGAGAUUCUUGACUUAUCAAAUCUUAAUUUUGCUGAAAAUGCUGUGAAUGUGGAGAAGGCUACCUAUGUUCAAAGACGAAAAGGAAAGGCCUCUGAUGUAUCUGAUCUGGCUUUUGAGGCUAGAUCAUCAAGGGACUUCGCUUGGUAUGACGUGUCUUCGUUCCUAACUUAUCGAUAUCUUCGCACUGGUGAACUGGAAGUGCGUGUACGUUUUUCUGGGUUCGACAACAGACACGAUGAGUGGGUGAAUGUCACAACAUCAGUGCGUGAGCGGUCUAUUCCUGUAGAACCAUCAGAGUGUGGUAGAGUGAAUGUUGGAGACCUGCUUCUAUGUUUCCAAGAAAGGGAGGAUCAAGCAUUGUACUGUGAUGCUCAUGUUGUGAAUAUAAAGAGAGCAGACCAUGACCACUCUAUAUGUAACUGCGUGUUUCUUGUUCGCUACGAUCUUGACAAUACAGAGGAAGCAGUGGGAGUAGAAAGAAUUUGCCGCCGCCCUGAAGAGUGAAUCUGUUUGUCAUCUUUGGAGGAUGCAGUGAACUAUGACUAGAUUAUAUAUGACUGACCAAAAGGAUGGAAUAAAAUGCUCAUCUUAAGAUCUCAUGACUCAAGGUCAUGGGAUUGUAUGUUAGUAUAUGUUUUCCAUUAUGUGGGAAUAUAAUGUAUCAGAACGCAAAUGUUAAAACCAGUUAAUCUCCUUUCUUUUGAGCAAGAC